ACAUGGAGAAGUAGUUCCUUCUUGUUGUGUUGACAAGCUGUUAAAGAAGAGUAUCAGCAACAAUCGUUUGAUUUCUUUCUUCUCUCUCUUUGACUGUUAGAAUUAUCAUCAAGUCUUAGGGCCACGUGAUUGGUUUCUUCUUCUUCUUUCUCAUUAUUCUCUCCUCAAUCCAAAACUCAAAAUCAUCACACCUAGAUAUAUAAAAUUGGGAUCGGAGUGAAUUGGAAAACCUGUUAGAUCACAAUUUUGAUGGGAGAAUUCUUUCAGAAGAAGAAGAAACAAUGAAAGGCGUCUUCUCGGCGCCUGGGGAUUAUAUUCAUUUCAAAUCUCAAGUUCCACUUCACAAGAUCUCUAUUGGGUCAAGACAAUGGAGGUAUUAUGAGUUUGGUCCAAAAGUGGUGCCUCCACUUAUCUGUCUUCCUGGGACACCGGGAACUGCUGAUGUCUACUAUAAACAAAUUAUGUCAUUAUCAAAUAAGGGUUAUCGAGUAAUAUCUGUUGAUAUACCACGUGUGUGGAAUCAUCAUGAAUGGAUUCAAGCAUUCGAAAAGUUUCUAGAUGCUAUCGAUGUUCACCAUGUGCAUCUUUAUGGGACAUCCCUUGGUGGCUUUCUAGCACAACUCUUUGCUCAGCAUCGUCCAAGACGUGUUCGAUCGUUAAUACUCUCAAAUACUUUUCUUGAUACACAAAGUUUCUCAGCUUCUAUGCCAUGGGCACCCGUUGUUUCUUGGACACCCUCCUUUUUGCUGAAGCGAUACGUUCUAAUAGGAAUUCGUGAUGGUCCACAUGAACCGUUCAUUGCAGACUCGGUGGAUUUUGUUGUUUCCCAGGUUGAGACUCUCUCCCGUGAGGAUCUUGCUUCAAGGUUAACUUUGACAUUUGGCCCUGCUUCUAUCGGACCUCUCUUACUUUCAGAUUCAUUUAUCACAAUAAUGGAUACAAAUGAUUAUUGUGCCAUUCCUCGAGAAUUAAAAGAUCAAGUAAGUGAGAAGUAUCCUGGAGCAAGGCGAGCAUCCCUAAAAUCAGGUGGCGAUUUUCCAUUUCUUUCGCGUCCGGAUGAAGUUAACCUACAUCUUCAGCUGCAUUUGAGACGGGUUGGAGUUGAAGCAAAGCCGGAUAUAGGCUUGCAAAACCCCAGGGACAGUAGUGGUGGAGGUUCAAGUGAUAAGAAUAAGGAAAAAGAAGAUUCUGACAACCCUCCGAAGGAUCACUCCAAAGGAUCACCAUCUAGGGAUGCGAAGAAUAAGGAAAAAGAAGGUGCCAAUAAUGACCCCUCAAAUGAGAAUAGUGGUGAAAGCAGUUCAAAUCCCACCUCUGAAGAUCCUAUACAUUUUGCAGCUUCAGACAAUGACGGCAGUGAUGGCUCCAAAAAAGUUAAUGAGGAGAUACAUAAAAAUACUGCAUCUCUCUUACGUGGGCAAUUGAAACCUAUGCUUUUGGAUAUUAGAGUGGUUAUGGAAAUUCAAUUGAUAUUAGCUACUCAGGCUGUUGAACUUACUCGGUCAUAUUCAGUUCUUUACUUAUUGCUGUCUUUGUAUUUAGGAAAUUUGUACAAUACUCGGUGUCAUAGAUUGAACUGUAGGCAGAAUGUGUAGUAUGCGGGUUCAAUUUGUAUUCCUUGCUUUAAUGUGGUCUGUAAACAAGUUGACAGUGUGUCUUUUGCUUUUAUACUCUUCCAUAGGAUUGCUGCAAAUUGUGAGCUGAUUGUGGUGAGAACAUAACAGAAAUGUACUUUUAAAUGUUUCAACUGUAGAUAACAGAGUUCCCUCUCUAUCUACCUCCUUUGUGAAUGAAUAAAUCUUUGCUGAAGACUUUCAUCA